CACUCACACACUCAUCUUAAGUCACAUCAAGAUCAUAGGCACACAUACAAGGACAUGGAAGACCUCAGGUGAUCUGACUCUUCGAUAAACCUAAUUUUGUAUUAAGUCAUAUGACCUGAUUUAUAGCCAUUGCUAUGGAGGAAAAGAGAACUGUGACUUUCCGAGAUCUUGCCAAGAGCUAUUUCUCACAGACAAGGGUGGACUGUCGCUACACUAUAAGCAGUCAUCACAGCUGGAGCAGUCAUGACUGGAUAGGUCUUUUUAAGGCGGGGUGGUUGUCAGUGAACGAUUACUACACUUUUGCCUGGGCUCUAGCACCAGAAGGGUACCAAACAGGAACAGAUGCAAACUGUAGUGUGGCCUUUCACUCAUCUUAUCUACCAAAACCUGGCGAGGAGGCAUAUCAGUUCGCUUAUGUGGAUGAAGGUGGCGAGAUAUGUGCAGUUAGCUCUCAGUUUACUUUUUGUGCUCCAAGACCUCUGGAUGAACUAGUUACACUAGAGCAGGAGAAAAAUGGCGAGGAAGAGGAGGGGGGAGAUGACCUGCUAGUGGUGGUGCCAAAGGCUCUGAUCCUGCAGAAUCUCUUAGAAAGAUGCCAGUGUGAGUUACAUGAGCUGCGUAAGAGGUUUGAGGCUACUGAUGCUGAGGUUGAGAGAGAAAAGGAGAGAUGGAAAGCUGAAAACGAUGAGCUUGAAAGAGUAAAAAAUGAGAUGAAGAGUCAGAUUGAUGAGCUAAAAAGCAACCUGAGGCAAAGCACUGAAAAAAUCGAGGAACUCGAGCAAAAACAAAAGGAUGUGCAAAGCACUCAUGAAAACAUGGCUGCUCAACUUAGUGGGCUGCUAGCAGAGAGAGAUGAAAAUCAUCAGCAAAUCAAAGAACUCCAACAGGAUGCUGCCACUCUGACUCAACAAAAACAGGACAUAGAGGCCGAGCUUGACAGAAUGAAAGAAAGAGUUAAAAAGAUGACCACACAAAGGCGAGAUGAAGAAAAGGAGAGGAGAGACUUGCAGGUAGAGAAUGAGCAGGCACAUGCUGAGCUGCGGACCCUGCAAGAGCGUCAGGAGGCCAGUGAGCGUAGCACUGAGGCCCUCCGGAGGGACCUAAGUGAACUAGGCUCCUUGCAGAGUCACAGCCAUGCAGAGCUGCAUCAGGUCAGACUUCAGUCUGCGCAGAUGAGUUUACAACUGUCCCAGGCCAACCUGGCACUGCGUGAGGGGCAAUCCACCUGGGCCCAGGAGAGGGAGACUUUAAGACAAAGUGCAGAGUUGGAUAAGGAUCGUAUUCAGAAACUGAGCCGUGAGCUUCAGAAGAAGGAAGAGUGGCUCCAGGAGGAGAGAACCGAGCGAGAAAAACUGGAAGUGGAGCUGGGGAACGAGAAGGACUGUAACCGAGAACUGAGAGCUAGUCUGAGAGCCCUGCAGAAGGAACAAGAGCAGCAUCAGCUGGAGAAACAGGAGCUCUUAGAUCAUAUUCAUGUGCUGGAGCUGAGACUAGACAAAGAGACAGAUGCUAAGUGGGCUGAGGCUGCAGCUACUCCAACAUCUAGCAUUGAUAGCCCUCCAUCAGUUGAAGAAAAUCCACUGCAAGAGUCUUUAUCUGAGCAGUCUUUAUGUGUGGAAGAUUGUGAACUAUCCAGCUUUCAUGGGUCAGCAGAGCAGAGCCAAAAGGAUAAUGAGAUCGAUAUGAUGCAAGAGGAUCUAGAAGUGGAGCCUUAUUCCAGCAUCAUUGCUGACAAACCUUUUCUGCUUUCUGAACACAACAACAGUGCAUUCAGUGGUCUUGCUGACGCAUCCGUGUGGUGAUCCAGAUGUGGAAUAAAAAUGAACCUGUGUGCAGCUUGUUUACAUCAGAGCAUGGUCAUGUGCUCCUGAUCAGUGUGAAAUAUCAAAACCGUUUUCCAAGCUGGCUUAUUUUAUAGCCAGUGUGUAACCUAAUAUAUACUAAAAGUGUAGGUGUGUUUGUUUGUGCCAAUAUGAAUUUCCUUUAAGAGUAAGGUGAUAUACUGGAAAUGUAGGUAUGUUUUCUAGAUAUUCCAUUUAUAGCAUACAUUACAUACACAAAUAAAUAAAGGCAGUGGAUUGGGUUACACUUUAUUUUAAGGUGUCCUUGUUGCAGUGUAAUUAUACAUUUAAGUACUGAGUAAUAUUUAUUAGCUACGUGUACUGUAUGGUCAGGGUUAGUAUUAGGGUUUUGCUUAGGGUUACUUGCAUGUAAUUAUGCAUAAUUCAUUGUGGUAACACUUUAUUUUAAGGUGUCCAUAAUACAGAGUAAUUAACUAAUUAAGUACUUAGUAGUAGCCAUUGGACUGUUAUAUUUCAAAUGUAGCAUAAAUAAGUCAGAUGAGCUGCAAUUUUAACCAAUGAGAUAAUUCAAAUGAAUUAACAUUAAAGAAUGCUAUUUUUUUGUUGUUUAGAUAGGUGUGCUGGUUAUGGUUGUCUGUCCUAUAUCACUUGGCAAUGACAUAAGUGCGUUCAGGUGCUAAGUUUCCCUUUAAUUAUUGUUGUUGUUGUUGUUGUUGUUUUUCACAAGUAAAUGCCGAUCACAAUUUUAUCACUCUGUUUGUGAUGCUGUUAUGCUAUCCAUCCUUGAUCUAAACUAUAUGUGGUCCUCAAGGCUAGACAGUUUGACAUUAAAUUCUUAAAAGUAAAAAAAAAAAAAAAAAAAAAAUCAAGUAAUAUAAAAAGUAAAUAAAAUAAAUUACGGUUUGAAUUCGUGAAUUUAAAGGGAAACUUCUGUGGAGCAAUGGACUAAAUUUUGGACUGUUGUAUGCUGUUAAGGGUUGUUUUGGUAAAUUUCAAUUUAUAUGCACAUGUUGUGUAUCUAUUUAUUUUAAUUAUAAUGCUGUCUUGUACUGGACAUUAAAGUGAUUUGGCGUA